UGGCGUGCCAUGUUUGGCGUGUUGUACGUCUGGCGAUUGGCGUGUCUGGUGUGUGGCGUGUCUGGCGUGUCUGGCGUGUGGCGUGUCUGGCGUGUUGGGUCUAACCUCCGUCCAGUCUCUGUCCCAGGCGGACGGCGAGCUUUCCGGUCUGCCGACGCCGGACUCCACGCCGGAGCUUCCCAUCAGGAGCGUGAGGGCGCCGCGCCACCACCAGUACGAGAACCACCACGACAGCCACACCGCGGCAGACCCCGACCCCCCCGGCGGCGGCCCCAGUCUGGGCUUCAUGGCCGUCGUCGGCAACACCAUGACCCAGCCGCCGGCGUUUUCCUUCCCGCAUCACCACGGCAGCGGUCUGAGCAACGGGGCGGCGCACGGAGCCGGCGCCUCCUCCACGUCGCUGCACCUCCCCGAGGAGAGAAGGGUCGGUGACGAGCGGGCGUCCGGCGGCGGGUGCGGCGCCCCCCCCCGUCCCCCCCACUCCCAGCAGCCCCUCCCCCAGGCGCCGGUGGACGUGUCGGCGCUGGACGAGCUGCUCAAACACAUCCACGAGGUCAGCGCGUCGGGGACGGGCGGCAUCAAAGUCCUCACGUCCACGUCCUCGUCCGCCCUGUUCCCCGGGCCGUCGCAUCACCACAGCAACCACCACCACCAUCACACGCCGCAUGGACAGACGCGCACGCACCACUACAACCAUCACCACAGCAACCACCACAACAACAACAACAGCAGCGUUCAGCCGCAGCAGAGACACGCCGAGACGGAGAAGGCGCCGUAUUACAGCACGUCCAUGCUGCCGAGGGACGGCGUCCCCAAACGCCUGGACCCCCCCGCCCAGAACUCUGCCAACGCGUCCUCCGCCAACGCGUCCUCCUCUGAGCCGUCUUCCUCGUUUACGCCGCUCCAGCAACAGGUGAUUCCGGAGACACCCGGGGGAAGCGGCGCCUCCGUGACGCGCCACCUCAUCAAAAUGGGCGCGGGGGGCGGGGCCGUGCCGCGCCACCACAGCUUCAACCACCGGGGGGCGCCACACGCGCACUUCCUGGCACGGAUGAACACCAACAGCAGCAGCAACGGGCCGCCGGGCGCCAACGCUAGUGCUAGCGGUGGGAGGCAGCGGGCGUCCGUCGCCGCCGCCACGUGCCUGACGCGGCAGCACAGCUACAGCGAAGGGCCGCACGCCCAGCGGGCAGCCGUCGUCCGGAGAACGGUGUCUCUCAAACCCCAAGUACCGCCAAAACCGCUGUACCUUCCGAACGCGGCGGUGGCCGAGGCGGGAAAGUACAAGUACUGAAACUGUAGGACGACGUGAUGCCGUCGUCGCCGAGCAACGGUCUGCAUGGCGGACAAAACGUACGCGGAAAAGACGAAACAGGAGAGCAUUGAUGAGACAAAGACACUGAAGAGACAUCCGUGUUUUUUGUCCCCCAUCGCUCCCUGUAUCCGCGUGUGGUCGUUUCCCGCCGGGAGGAUGCCGUCCCGGCGCCGUCCCGCCGAGCCACAGAGACGCUCGAAAGAUCGACACAAAUGGCGUUUUUCCACUCCAUGGUAUCUACACGACCAGCUUGUUUCAAGCUAGAGACGCAUUCAUCUCAGAGAACAGUCGACUCGGAUGUUUUCUAACCUCUACAAUCAUUUUGCACCGGAAUUGUCCUUUAAGUAUCACGUGCGAACAAGAACCAAAACUUCUGUUUUAGCGCCUGUCUCUUUAAGAAACCUUGUGUCAACACAUUCUCACUCCUAGAUCGUAAAAUAUGGACGCUUGGUCAGGUGCCUUUGUUGUUGUUAUUGACAUUAAAAGUCUCCUUUAGCAUCAACAACACGCGCUUGGUUGGGACAAUUGGCAUCCAUUUUGCGCUUGGCCGGGACUACUGGUGUCCAUUUUGCGCUUGGUUGGGACCAUUGGCAUCCAUUUUGCGCUUGGUCGGGACUAUUGGCGUCCAUUUUGCGCUUGGUUGGGACAAUUGGCAUCCAUUUUGCGCUUGGUCGGGACUACUGGUGUCCAUUUUGCGCUUGGUUGGGACAAUUGGCAUCCAUUUUGCGCUUGGUCGGGACUAUUGGCGUCCAUUUUGCGCUUGGUCGGGAGUACUAGUGUCCAUUUUGCGCUUGAUCGGGACUACUGGCGUCCAUUUUGCGCUUGGUCGGGACUACUGGUGUCCAUUUUGCGCUUGGUCGGGACUACUGGCGUCCAUUUUGCGCUUGGUCGGGACUACUGGCGUCCAUUUUGCGCUUGGUCGGGACUACUGGCGUCCAUUUUGCGCUUGGUCGGGACUACUGGUGUCCAUUUUGCGCUUGGUCGGGACUAUUGGCGUCCAUUUUACACUCGGUCGGAACUACUGGCGUCCAUUGUGCGCUUGGUCUGAAAACGGAUGCCCCGGUGCGUUAAGUCGAGCUGUUACCAGCAGUGGAAAAACGCUAAAAGCUACAUCUCUGACUCGUUUCUUCUUCGGGGGCGGGGGGGGCGCUUGUGGCGAUUUUCCCCGUCUCGGCACACUGCUCAGCUCAGACGAGACGGAGAAAACAUUCCAGAAAGGAGGGCAAACGAUGUUAAUGAU